AUGGCUACUUCAAAUUUUCCACAUAACAAGAAACGGACAUUAUAUGUAGGAGGAUUUGGUGAAGAGGUGACAGAAAAGGUUCUAAUGGCGGCGUUUAUAACAUUUGGUGAUAUUGUAGCCAUUUCUAUACCGAUGGAUUAUGAAACAGGGAAACAUCGUGGAUUUGGAUUCGUCGAAUUUGAACUCGCUGAGGAUGCCAUGGCUGCAAUAGACAAUAUGAAUGAAAGCGAGUUGUUUGGUCGAACAAUUAGGUGUAAUUUUGCUCGACCACCAAAGGCAACAGAGCGGUCAUCUCGUCCUGUCUGGGCAGAUGAUGAGUGGUUGAAACGUUAUGGAAAGGGUAGUGGAAUAGCAGAUGCAAAUAAGAGUGAUGAAUCGACUUUAGAAACUAAAGGUUUACCACGAGUUUAUCUCGGAGUGAAGAUAGGAAUAAGGUAUAUUGGACGGAUAGUGAUAGAAUUGCGUCACGACGUUGUACCUCGAACGGCGGAGAAUUUUCGAUGUCUUUGUACAGGGGAGAAAGGAUUCGGAUAUGAGGGCUCCAUAUUCCAUAGAAUAAUACCGAAAUUCAUGCUGCAAGGUGGUGAUUUUACGAAGGGCGAUGGUACAGGCGGAAAGUCUAUCUACGGACCGAAAUUUGAAGACGAGAAUUUUAAGGUAUUGCUAUUUUGGCUCCGACAUGUGAUGCCCGGUACGGUAUCGAUGGCGAACUGUGGUCCGAACACAAACGGAUCUCAAUUUUUUAUAUGUACUGAAAAGACCGAUUGGCUCGAUGGGAAGCAUGUAGUUUUUGGACGUGUCGUAGAGGGAAUGAACGUGGUUCGGCAAAUUGAACAGCAGGGUACUCCUUCUGGAAAACCUCAAAUGGUUGUGAAAAUCGUGGAAUGUGGAGAGUUAAAACCAGAGCCUCCUAUUUCGAAACCUGAUGCUGAGAACUCCGAUAACGAUGUAAUGGUUGUGGACCCACAAAAAGAGUCCACUUGA